AUGGCGGAACAAAUUGGAAGCAACGCACCGAUAAUAGACGAAGAAAAGGUAAAAGAGAAAAUCAAUGCAGCUCUCGAAAAUCCCAAUGUCAAUGUACACAAGUUCUCACCAGACGACUCACCCGAGAAAAAAGCGGAACAAGUAGCCGCACAAAGACCAAAAGUAGAACUUGGUACUGCUACAACUGCAGCAGCGAUUUCAGAUAUUGACAAAGCAAAGGCUUUGGAGACUAUAAACAGUCUUCCCGGUGGUAUGGGACUUAGUUCAAAAACGGAUAUACCAAUGUGGGCUCGUAUUGGUUGGGAAAGAGUUGCGAACCCAGAGACUGAAGUGGGUCCUGCUACUCCAGAAUCUGAUUAUUUUGAUGAAGUGCUGGGUGAAUUAUAUUUUGGAAAACUUUGGUUGAACGCAGGAGUUGUAUUUGUAGCUGUGUUUGUUACUUGGUUGGUGACUGUGUUGGGCUUCGGUUUCGGAUGGGUUUUGUUGAUUUGUGCCUUUGUUGCCACAUACUUUAAACAUUCUGUAAAUCGAUUUUACAGAAAUGCUCGUAGUGAUAUUAGUCGUGAAUUAGCUAAAGAACGUUUAGAGACUGAGGAAGAGUCAACAGAAUGGCUAAAUGAAUUUAUGCGAAGGUUUUGGCUUAUUUACGAGCCAGUUUUAGCCGCAUCUAUCGUUCAAUCAGUGGAUGCUGUAUUAGUAGCGUCGACUCCAUCAUUCUUGGAUUCUCUUCGCCUGUCUACUUUUACUUUGGGUACUAAACCACCACACAUUGAAUCAAUAAAAUCAUAUCCAAAAACUGAAGAUGAUAUUGUGAUGAUGGAUUGGAAAUUAGCAUUUGAACCCAAUGAUCUAGCAAACAUGACCAAACAACAACUAAGAAACAAAGUCAACCCGAAAAUAGUUCUGACCGUCAGAGUUGGACGAGGAAUGGUUGGCGCAGGAAUCCCAAUAUUACUGGAAGAUAUUUCGUUCUCAGGAAAAUUACGCAUCAAAUUGAAAUUGAUGAAUAAUUUUCCGCAUAUUCAAACUGUUUGGCUGAGUUUCUUGGAGCCGCCGAAAAUUGAUUUUAUUUUGAAACCGAUUGGUGGUGAAACAUUUGGUUUUGAUAUUGCUAAUUUCCCGGGGUUAUCAACAUUUAUUCAUGAUCAAGUACAUGGAUCACUGAAGCCAAUGAUGUAUGCUCCAAAUGAGUACGAAUUAGAUAUGGAAACAAUGAUGAGCGGCGUUCCUCUAGACGCUGCUAUUGGAGUCGUGAAGUUAACAAUUUAUAAUGCAAAAGGACUAAAAAAUAUCGAAACAUUCGGCACCUCAGAUCCAUAUGUAAAAUUAUCGUUGAACGGAUACACAGAAGUUGCCCGCACCAAAGUCAUCGCCGAUUCAUUGAAUCCUCAUUGGAACGAGACGCACUACAUCACACUUACUAAUUUGCAAGAUACUUUAAAUUUCGAGUUGUUCGAUAAGAAUGUGGGCAAAGAUAAACUGUUGGGAAGUGCUGUUUUCGCUUGUAAUGUGUUGAAAGAGGAUCCGAGACAGGAGCAAAUUAUUACUGAAGUUAUAACAAAUGGUAAACCACAUGGCACUCUUCGAUUCGAUGCUAUUUGGUAUCCUGUAGCUCCUCGUGGGCCAGAUGAUCCGAUAAUUGAAUCAAAUAUUGGUAUAUUACGUUAUACCAUUCACCAGGCCAAGGAUCUUGAUGCAAAACACUCUGUUGUCGGUCAAUAUAAUCCAUAUGCAGAACUAAGAUGCAAUGGAAAGGUAGUGCACACCACAAAGACAUUAAAGAGAACCAAUAAUCCUGUUUGGGAGGAAUCCAAAGAAAUUUUCAUCACGGAUAAAAGUACAGUUACAGUGGGCGUAGCAAUCAAGGAUUCGCGUGAUUUCACCGAAGAUCCUAUCGUUGCCAGCUGGACUAACACAAUACCCGCAUUUAUGCAGGCAUUGGAAAGGAGUGAUUGGUUCAAUUUUUAUAAGUCGAGUUCGAAAUUAAGAGUAAGUUGUGUGUGGAAACCUGUGUUAUUGGAUUAUACUCCUUCGGCUACCGGUUAUGAGGAGCCGAUCGGUGUGAUUAAAUUGAAUAUCAAGAGCGCUAAAAAUUUGAAAAAUGUCGAAAAAUUCGGCAAAUCGGAUCCUUAUGCACGCAUUCGUUCGGGUCCUAUGAUUCGAGGACGUACUGAAACAAUCGAAGAUAACCUAAACCCAGUCUGGAAUUAUAUUCAUUACGUACCUAUACAUAAUUUGAAAGAAUCGAUCAGUAUUGAAGUGAUGGACUAUCAAAAUGCUGGUAAAGACCGAACACUUGGUCAUACGGAGGUUCUUGUUCAGAGUCUAGCGAGACGGAAAGAAGACGGAACUCACGAGGCUAUCACUUCUCUUGAUAUUACUGCACCUUUGAGUAUUGGGCGUGAAACCAGGGGUGAAUUGUCUUAUUCGGCCACUUUUUACCCAUCAUUACGUGUCGCAAAAGAAUCGGAAGCUGAAAAAAAAGUGACUGAAGCGAAAACAGAUCACGACGCUGCUGCUAUUACCGAGGUUAAAAAGCCUGAAGGAAUAGUGAAUGUCAUGGAGCAUCCAUCCGGGAUAUUGGUUAUCGAUAUCAACAAAGUCACGAUCGAAAGGAAAAAUAUUUUUGUCGAGUUAUAUAUCGAUGCUGUUCUGUUUCCAUUCUACCGAACUUCCAAGUCCAAGCAAAGUAAUCCUACAUUCAACGAAGUUGCCGAUGUGUUCAUCAAAGAACUUGAUUGGUCUGUAUUAAGAUUUAAUAUUAGACAUGAAGAAAAAGAUGAUCCAAUUGGAACAGCAUCAAUCAAUGUCCAAGAUUUGAUAAGAAACUCGAAAGAUGGAGUCAUAAUACCGAUUGACGAUUUAAGGGAAGCUAGUAUUAAUGUCAAGGCACAUUAUAUACCAACUCCAGUUAAAUUGUUGCCAUUCGAAAGUAUAAACAACAUGGGAGUCUUAACAGUCACACUUAAAUGCGCAGAAAAUCUACGUGGCGCUGAUCGAUCAGGUACUAGUGAUCCAUAUAUCCAAUUUCUAUAUAAUGGCGAAAAGGUUUUCAGGUCGAAAACCGUCAAAAAGAAUUGCAAUCCCACUUUUGAUGAGAAGUUCGAUCUUCGUGUGUUAUCACGAAAAGAUGCCAAAUUUACAUUUGAAGUAUACGAUUGGAAUGCAGUGACCAGUCAUGAAAAACUAGGUUGUGGUACAAUCGAUAUAAAUGUCCUUGAACCGUUUGAGGGUCUCGAUAAAAUUUACCCGUUAGAUGGAGAAGAUAAUGGCAGCAUACGAGUUAUUCUAUUAUUUAGACCGGAAUUCAUAGCGCUCAAAAGGCACAGCACAUCAACCUUCAGAGCAUUAACUGGUCUUGUCACACCUUCAGUUACUGGUGUUGGUGAUAAUUUGGCUAAAGGUGGUAAAGGGAUGGUAACUGUUGUUGGUAGUGGCGCAGAUUUGGUUGAAACGCCAUAUGUAAUCGAUCCACAGCCACUUUCAAGAUCAGCAUCGGAGGUGAAACAGGAAAAAGAAAAUGGUCACAAUAAUCAGCGUAAAUCGAGCUUGGAUCAUAUUCAUGCUUCCGCAGAUGCGAAUGGUGGCGGUGAAUCUGGUAUUUUGACUGUAGCUAUUGUCGAAGCCAAAGAUUUAAAAGCUGCGGAUAAAAGUACCAGUGAUCCAUUUGUCAGGGUUUUUAACAAUAAAAAGGAAUUGUAUAAGACUCAGACGGUAAAGAAAAAUUGUUCACCGAAAUGGGGUGAAACAUUCACAAUACCAACAAGUGUCAAUGAAUCAACCCAACUAAAAUUCUCAAUAAAAGAUUAUAACCGAGUGGGCAAUAAUGUCGAUCUAGGGGACGUGGAUCUACGAGUAUGGGAUCACAUUAAUAAUUCAUCCAAUAAGGUUGAUUUAUGGGAAAAUGUAAAUGGCGGUGGAAAAUUACAUAUACAGCUAGAAUUCACGCCUGGAAAUGAUCGUCAUUCUAGUGAUGGAAGUAGUGGAGGAUCAUCGAAAGGGCGCAAGUUGAAGCUUCCGUUUAGAAAUAAAGCGUGA